AUGAAGACCCUGAUGCGCCAUGGUCUGGCUGUGUGUUUAGCGCUCACCACCAUGUGCACCAGCUUGUUGCUCGUGUACAGCAGCCUCGGCGGCCAGAAGGAGCGGCCCCCGCAGCAGCAGCAGCAGCAGCAGCAGCAGCAGCAGCAGCAGCAGCAGCAGCAGGCGGCGGCGACCGGCAGCGCGCAGCCGUCGGCGGAGAGCAGCCCCCCCUCGAGGCCCCGGGCCCCCGCGGGACCGCAGCCGCUGGACGGAUACCUCGGCGUGAGGGACCACAAGCCCCUGGAAAUGCACUGCGGGGACUGUGCCCUGGUGACCAGCUCGGGGCACCUGCUGCGCAGCCGGCAAGGCCCCCAAAUAGACCAGACGGAGUGUGUCAUCCGCAUGAAUGACGCCCCGACGCGCGGCUACGGGCGCGACGUGGGCAGCCGCACCAGCCUGCGGGUCAUCGCGCAUUCCAGCAUCCAGAGGAUCCUCCGCAACCGCCACGACCUGCUCAACGUGAGCCAGGGCACCGUGUUCAUCUUCUGGGGCCCCAGCAGCUACAUGCGGAGGGACGGCAAGGGCCAGGUCUACAACAACCUGCAGCUCCUGAGCCAGGUGCUGCCGCGGCUGAAGGCCUUCAUGACCACGCGCCACAAGAUGCUGCAGUUCGACGAGCUCUUCAAGCGGGAGACCGGCAAAGACAGGAAGAUCUCCAACACUUGGCUCAGCACUGGCUGGUUCACAAUGACGAUCGCGCUAGAGCUCUGUGACAGGAUCAAUGUGUAUGGUAUGGUGCCCCCAGACUUCUGCAGGGAUCCCAAUCACCCGUCAGUACCUUACCACUAUUACGAACCGUUUGGACCUGACGAAUGCACCAUGUACCUCUCCCACGAGCGAGGACGGAAGGGCAGCCAUCACCGCUUCAUCACAGAGAAACGCGUAUUUAAGAACUGGGCACGGACAUUCAACAUUCACUUUUUUCAGCCAGACUGGAAACCAGAAUCACUUGCUCUAAAGCCUCCGGAGAAUAAACCUGUGUUCUGAGCAGUGAGGGUGCCAGAACAAAACCUCAAGUACCUACUGCAUCAGACGCCAGGGCGCUGAACUUCCAGAGCCGGCAGACACAAGAGAGGGACGGGAUCGGGAGCAGGAAACUCCUCCAUGACCAACACGUACAGAUGGCUGGGAGGCAGGACCGCCAAACACUGCGGUUGGUGUGUAAGGAGAAAAUUCCAGAAUUACUAUGUCCGCAGGAGCAUUAUCCCUUGCAAAAGGGGUUACUUGAGGAGCUAAACACCCAUGUCAGUGAUGCUGUCGUGGUCUAAAGAACAUUCUGGAUCUCUUUAAGUAUCGCCUUCAAAACCGAAGCACGAGCAACUCAACGAUGUUAGUUGUGUUCCUUUGUAGAAAUGCCACAUCAAAAGACCUUUUUCUAUCGAGUUGUAUCCUAACCUGAUCUAUAAUCUUUGUCAUCUGUUGGGCUCUGUAUGUGUGAUUUGUAAAAAGCAGUCUGAAAGUAUAGACCUGAUUUCUGAAGAGCACAUCUCCACUGACUUUCACAAAGCAAAUGCCCAAUAUUUAUUUAUUAAAAGUUUUUUAGUGUACUCUAGGCCAGUAUUUUUAUAGAUUAUGAUUAUGUGGUAAUUUAUCCUUCUUAACUCUUUAACCCUGAAUGAUGGUUGGAAGACACCUAGAAUGGGGCUGGUGAGUGACUGGGUUCACGACACUCGUUAGCAGUUGAUUGGCAUGGAAAUGUCGCGUUGGUGUUUUUUGAAUCCUUGGGCUUCAAGAAGAGCUAUGACAUUUUCUAACGUAAAGAAUUGCUCCAAAUGACAAAACUGAAAACCAAAAACUGUGUUAUUACAACAAAAAGAUACUAACAAAAGAAACUUAAAGAUAGCUGUCUUUAGUAAUAGUUGGUGUAGGUUACUUGGCAUAAACCCUAGUUUCCUCGUGUGAGAAUGAUGUCCCUGUAUCAGAUGACAGUGUAAGUUUCCUCCCAAAUCUAAAAUUCUGUAAGCCUCUCCUUGACCCACUUGAGGACCUUAUACUUGGAUUGAUGGGGUUUCUCUAGUAGCAAAAGCCUGACUUUAGGGGGUCUUUUAUCCCCCUAUUACUAUUUAUCUCCCUCUGUGGUUAAAAACACAACUUUCUCACUGGUCCCCAUCGGCUACAGUCUACCCCCUGCUUUUCUGGUGUUUCUUGAACCCCAAAAAGGGGGAGGGCAAAAAACUAAGAGAGAGAGAACCUCUGUGGUGUUCCCUGGCUAUAGGAGCAAGGAACAGUCCUUCUCUGAGUCUGUGAGAAGAGAAGACAAGGAGCUUCCCUAUCAGACGACUCAUUUAUCCUGUAAACUAUUCAGAUUCACUCAUUGCAAGUCUCACAUGAUAGUCUCAGCCAUUCCCCGGUCUGGAGGAGUAUUAAGGACUUAUUUUAUCCAGAGCCAAGAGAGUAGUAUGAAGGACCUUCAUUUAAGCAAGUGCUAUUCCUCAAAAUUAGUCUUUUUAAAAAU